GACCAGUAAAAAUGGGAAGUACUGGAUUCUGGUUUCCUCCAAGAAGAGUCAGCGGAACUGGUUAAGACCAAAAUCUGAGGACUUUAGUGGGCAAACAUCAGUCCCCUUUUGCUUUCUUUUACGACCACAUGAAACUUGAGAAGCCAUCUAAAGCUAAAUCAUUUAGUGGAGUUGGGCAAUUCCCAAGUGUCCAACAAGAAGGCCUGGUUUAGGCUGCGAUGGCCACUGUCAUUCCUGGUGAUUUGUCAGAAGUAAGAGAUACCCAGAAAGUCCCUUCAGGGAAACGUAAGCGUGGUGAAACCAAACCAAGAAAAAACUUUCCUUGCCAACUGUGUGACAAGGCCUUUAACAGUGUUGAGAAAUUAAAGGUUCACUCAUACUCUCACACAGGAGAGAGGCCCUACAAGUGCACACAACAAGACUGCACCAAGGCCUUUGUUUCUAAGUACAAAUUACUAAGGCAUAUGGCUACUCAUUCUCCUGAGAAAACCCACAAGUGUAAUUAUUGUGAGAAAAUGUUUCACCGAAAAGAUCACCUAAAGAAUCACCUACAUACACACAAUCCCAACAAAGAGGCCUUUAAGUGCGAAGAAUGUGGAAAGAACUACAAUACCAAGCUUGGGUUCAAACGUCACCUGGCCUUGCAUGCUGCAACAAGCGGUGACCUCACCUGUAAGGUAUGUUUGCAGACUUUUGAAAGCACAGGAGUGCUGCUGGAGCACCUCAAAACUCACGCAGGCAAGUCAUCGGGUGGAGUGAAGGAGAAAAAACACCAGUGUGAACACUGUGAUCGUCGGUUCUACACCCGAAAGGAUGUCCGUAGACACAUGGUAGUGCACACUGGAAGAAAGGACUUCCUCUGUCAAUACUGUGCACAGAGAUUCGGGCGGAAGGAUCACCUCACACGCCAUAUGAAGAAAAGUCACAACCAAGAACUUUUGAAGGUCAAAACAGAGCCAAUGGACCUUCUAGAUCCCUUUACCUGCAACGUUUCUGUGCCUAUUAAGGAUGAGCUGCUUCCAGUGAUGUCUUUACCUUCCAGUGAACUGACAUCAAAGCCAUUUACAAACACUUUGCAAUUAAAUCUCUACAAUACUCAGAUUCAGUCCAUGCAGAGUUCUGCAUCUGCACACCAAAUGGUCGCCACAUCRUUGCCAUUGGGAAUGCCUUGUCCAAUAGAUAUGGAAUCUGUCCACCCUUCUCACCAGCUAUCUUUGAAAUAUCCGCUCAGUUCUACCUCAUACGCAAUUUCUAUGCCUGAAAAAGAACAGCCAUUAAAAGGGGAAAUUGAAAGUUACUUAAUGGAGUUGCAAAGUGGUAUGCCUUCUUCAUCCCAGGAUUCUCAAGCGUCUUCAUCAAAACUAGGGCUGGAUCCACAAGUAGGGCCACUAGAUGAUGGGGCUGGGGAGGUUUCCCUUUCCAAGAGCUCCGCUUCUAUUAGCGAACCUCUAAGCACCCCGUCAUUGGACUUUUCUCAGCUCUUCAACUUCAUACCUGUAAAUGGCCCUCCCUAUAAUCCUUCUGUUUCAGUGGGAAACCUUGGAAUGAGUUACACGCAAGAGGAGGCCCAUUCUUCUAUGACUCAACUUCCACCACAAACACCGGAUCCACAAGAUCCUAGCAAUAGUAUAGGUCUUGGGUCCCUGCACUCGUUGUCAGCAGCUUUCACAAGCAGUCUAAGCACAACCACCACCCUACCACGAUUCCACCAAGCUUUCCAGUAGGAUGUACAAAGCUGGCUUAUUACUGUCGAUUUGUAGAAAUGCCUUAGGUGACCAUUUUUAACUUAGUGCCUACGAUAAGACAUUAUCAGUUCUCUGCUUUUGUACAGUACCGAUCUCAUGAAGC